AGCAAACAGUUAAAUUUUAAAAGCGCGGUUAUAAGAUCUAACAGAUCUUCUUGUUAACUGAGAUUUACCGACAACCGUCAAAGUAAUGAACUUUUAACUAACCGGCGAGAAGAAUGGGGCGAGGAAAAGUCCCAUUCCUUUCGUCGGUUCGUUCCGCAGCCCUUGCCCGCGAUACGCGACCCUAACAACAAGUGAGCCUCGCAGGUGGUCACAUGUGCCCUCCCACCCCUCAUUCAGACCCUCAUUUAGACCCAGCGUGUGUAUUUUAAAAUUAUGCAUAAUUGUGCAAAACGCUCCAAGGGAGCAAGUCGGCUCUGACAGGAUUUUAUAACUUAUAUCAUACGUCAUUUGAGUUUCUGUAUGUAUGCAUGUAUGAGGUGGUUACGAAAGUCUCUCUUAAUAUCCUUAGUCGGGAUGCCUCAAAGAAGGAGAUUUCGAUUUCGCCGGUGUCCUCGAUUUCGUCACCUGGCUGUUGUUAUGAUUCUCCUGUCAUUCAUGUUUUCUGCGUAUGUCUUCGUUUAUACCGUCCCUAACGAACGGAGCCGCGAUGACAGCUUCGAAGAUGUCGAAAAAAAUCGAAAACCAGAUUUCACGGAGACGAGAAAAGGAAAAAUAAGACAGAACUUAAUAAUUGUCGCUCAUGGUCGGUCUGGUUCGAGCUUCACGGGAAAUAUAUUUAACCACCAUCCGUCAGUAUUUUAUUUGUUUGAGCCUUAUCAAACGGUGGAACGCCUUCACGGAGGAGUAGCGCCUUUUAACAGAGAUUACCAGGAGAAAAGCUUUGAGUGGAUGCAAGGUGUGUUCCAGUGUAAGUUUGUGUCGCCCAAACACGCUAAUGAUAUACAACACUACUAUCGUAAAGUGGUGGGGAAGGCGUCACGCGAAACUCAAGCUAGUAUUGCUCUUUCUUCGCCUCCUUUUUGUCGUUACAACACCACUGAUUCACGCUGGACUCUCCAGGAUAGUUGCCCAGACCCGUUCGAACAGAAAAUGUUGGAGGAGGUUUGUGAGAAGAAAUACAGUUUGACUGUCGUGAAAGCUCUGAUGGGAAGAAUGCCGAACACUGAUAUAGAACAGUUGAUCAAUGUGUGCGAUUCUUCGCAGGAAUUUGAUUGUAAACUGCUAUUUCUAGUCAGGGAUCCACGAGGGAUUAUUCCUUCGUCUAAAGCGGUGCGUUUUUAUCGCGAGACGGAUAAAGCUGGCUUAGCGAAUUCAAGGAUGUUCUCUUAUCACAACUGUAGGCAGACUGAAUUAAAUCUUAACAUCAUUAGGAAAUUGCCACCGAGGUGGAGAAAGCAAAUAAAGAUAUUGCGGUAUGAGGAUCUAGCCAAAGACCCUUCUAAACUACUUCCGAGCUUACUUGAAUUUGCUGGGUUACCUAUGGACAAAGGUUUGAGCGACUGGCUUUACUUAGCGUCGCACAAGCCGAAGACGGAAAGCGAUCAAAAGGCAGCACCGUGGAGACAAGACUCUUUUGAGGGGGCGGACCGGUGGAGAUGGAAGGUUUCACCGUACGAAAUCAACAUCAUUGAACAUUAUUGCAGGCCUGUUAUGAAACUGUUGGGAUACAGACCGCUGGAUUAUUCCUACGAGAUGCAGAGGAAUCUGAGUAUUCGUCUCCUUGACGACCAUUUCGAAGCCCUUGACUGGCUUGAGUGAUUGUUUGGGAGUUUGUUGAACAUACCGUAUAUGAAUAACUGUGUAGCACGGUGUCGUGGUUUGGUAUUGCACUCGGGUAAACAUAUCACACCAAAACAGAAGAAAAGAUUUUCAAUCAUUUGAAACAAUCCACAACUUCUUUCGUUUGAGUAUUGCCACUUUUGGGGGGCAGAAAAUUCUCGGUGAAUUCGAUGUGAGAACAUUAAGAUGAUUUCCGCAGAACAUUCGAGCAAUAAUGGCAAAAAUUAAGGUACCAAAAAAAAAAAAAAAAUCGUGGCAUGGUAAUAUUUUGAAUACAGUUAAGAAGAUUCCAUGAGGGAAAAUUGGACUUGAAGUUAUCAUUGUUUCAAUGAAAACAGACGUUUCGCAUUAGUUAAAAACACAAUAACACACGCUUUAAGCAUUCUUACGAGCUUUGACAUUAACCUUCUCGACAAUGCUUGAGAAUUUAAUCGCGGGGUCACUUAGAGAAAUGAACUAAAGUGAGUUGUUUUAAAUAGUAUUCGCAAAGUUACGGUGCUAUGAGUAGACUUAUAGCAAAUAAUUUUUCAACUCAUUGCUCGAACUUUGAGCGGAAUCCAUCUUAAUUGCUCUCGUUCAUACCAAAUUGAUAAAAUUUACCUCAGUCCACUAAACAUUUGAUUUACCGCUUUAGGCGUUCAUGCCUGAGUAGUCUAGCGGACUAGCCUAUAUAAUUACCAAUAUAUAUGCACAAAUAUUUGUUUGGCUGCUGACAUCUGCCCCUUACCCUGGGCAAACUCUAUCAUAUUGUUUGUACAGUUUUUUCGCUACAAAGUCUCGCUGUUUUGUUUUGUUCUGUCCCAUGAAGUCCGAGAUAACACAGACCAAGGUCGAAGAAAACAAAUAGACAUCUCAGAAGCGGAAAGAUUUCGGAGAGAAUUUGCACAUGAAGGCGCUGCGUUCAUGCAGUAAUUUCCAGUGGCGGUCUGUAAUGCCCAUUAAGCACCCCUUGUGUAGCCUUCUAACGGCAAAAAUAACAAGGCAUUCGAAAGGGACAACUGGUAGUCUGAGUAGAAUAUUAUAAGUAGUAAGAUUACAAUAUUGUUGUCACGAACGCUAUAUAAACUGUCAUAAAUAGUCCUUUAUUUAGAUCAUUAGGAGAUAAGUCUUUGCCAGUUUUGUUUAGGCCAUCGCCGUCGCCCUUUUUUAAUUACCUUAGUUCCCUUUCAAUUAUCAGCCAAUUCUCUUUUCUUGGAUAGAACACCCGUUAGCCAUAUGCUUCCUGUUUGGCGACGUUCCACCGUUGAACGCCCUUCGUUUGCCACAUGACCAGGAAUGCCACUUUUAACUUUAGCCAGUCGGAGUUACGUUGUCAUAGGAGAAAGAGGUGAUCGGAGUUUAUUAGUAGUCAGUCUUUACACGCAACUAUCGGAGUACCGUCGGAGCAUUGGAGUUACCUUUUCUUUUUUUAGCCUUUAACGCAGUACCGGACGUAAGUUCUACUCGUUUAUAUUCACCUUUUCGUUUUUCCUUUUACCACGCCUUUGUAGAUCUCGUAAAUUUUAGCUCUCUUUUAAUUAUGUAUUGUAACCUACUCUGUAGUUUUCACCGCAUAUGUAUAAUAUUUGGGCAAGUCGACCUUAAUAAACGCUGAUCAAGUAAAGCCUGUCCAAUUGUUCUACAUCGUGCGGUUGACGCUCGACGAUCUCAACGCGCACCACGUGCCAGCUACUUGGGUUCGUUACAAUUGUCAUACAUCAGAAUUUGUAAAAGGACUUAAAUCAUAGACAACUAAGGUAAACCUCUAAAUUGUCAUACAAUAAAAAUAUAUGAAAUUUGCUCCGAUUUAAUGGUUUUCUCGGAAAUAUUCUGAACAGGGUGCUUUUUUGUCUUUUUUACUUCUCGAUUAUCCGGACUUCCUCUCUAGUCCCAAUUUUGUCAUGACUUUAUUAGUCACGAUCAAGAUCCGUAACCAUAAUCUUUUUAAAACUGCAGCAUUGAAAAGUGCAGUCAAAACCAAGUUCGUUUUGCUUUUAAAUAGCAGAAGCAGCGCUCGAACGCGUCGUAACUAAUUAAUGAAGAACAUUCGAAUGAGUUCUGAUUGGCUCAGAGUUGCUUUGUUGCUAAGUGAAAUGUCACGCUGUAUUGGCUCGUUUGGCGUGGUAUACAAAACAAACAAGCUAGCGUCACGCGCGUUUGUUCACAAUCAUCAUGUCCUUGAGGAGUAAACGAUCCGUUUUUUCGAAAAAAGAUAAAGUCUUUAAUUUUGCGAUCAGAGAAAGGAGAAAAAGGAAAUAAUUUGUGAGCUUAAUAUGGCAUUAGUAAGCAGCAGGUCUCCGAUAUCCGCAAGACUGAACAAGGAAAAGAUCGUGCGGAGACCAGCGAAAAAUCGCUGAAAUUAAGUUGUAGAAGAAUUUUCAUUGUUAUGCUCCACCUCUAUGGCACACGCGAAGAUACUACGAUAUGGGUGAAAAUAAUUUCUUACCCAAGCGCAAAUUGCCGCAAAUAAUCCAAAAAACCCCUAAAAAAAGCCCAUAUUCCUCCCAGUCUCUGAAACUCCUCUACAAAAAAGGGAUCGCGAAAACGAAGAAGCUCAGGUGAAGCGUGUGCUUUUCCGGACGCUACCAUCUGGAUAGACGGGAGUGGACCGACCCAGCUGGGGGCUCCCCUCUCCACUUAGUUACACCCAAUGGGAGUGGACCUAACAGAUUCUUGAGCACCUCUAAAUGAAGGUAAAACGGUUUAGGAGACGCCUGAAAUGAGGAGGGUAAGGGGAGUAAAAAGUAGUAAUAAACUACAAAAACAAACAGGUAAAGAAAAAGCGAAGCCACCAACCAGGCUGAUCCAGGGACCCCGUUACAGACAGAGUAUCGGGUAUUGUUUAGAAAACCCGUCCCAGAUCGGCCAAAUUGAUAGCGGAAGUGCUCCUAUUGUCCAGGGAAAGAUGAGCCACUGCAACAAAACGUCCGUUCGAGCUCCAUAAGCUGAUUUUCAAGUUCUAGAACUGUCCAGUAAGCCUAGCGAAAAAGUCAAAAUAAAACAACAAAUAAAAUAAAUACGGGACGAAAUAUUUACUGCAAUUACCCAAAUUGUAGUACCAAAGCAAUCGGUCGGUUCUACACGUCUGUAUCACCCAUAAAUGUAAUGAAAACCGUAAAUGUAAUGAAAAUUGACCAUAAAUGUAGUACUCACCAAAAAUGUAAUAACUUUUAAUCACAAAUGUAAUAAGUCCACCAACCAUAAAUGUAAUAAAAUUGGACCAUAAAUUGAAAAUUGAACAACCAAAAAUGUAAUAUGGCUUAACCAUAAAUGUAAAAAACUGCCCAUUACCUCUGAGUCAAGGAGCCACAAACCCUACCAUUCUCUUAUUUCGUACAGGGUAGCCUUUUUCAGGCUCUCGAGUAGUCGUGGGCGAACGAAGAUGCCUUAUUCCCACUCGUUGACCCCUCGCUCGCCCGCUUCCUGGAACAGGCUACGUACAGGGAGGGCAGGGGGCCUGUACAUCAAUUUGGAGGACUCAUUUCCCGUAGCACCGUUUUAGUCCAGAGGACAAAACCCAAGAAACCAUCACUAUAAUCCGUGCGAACAUUUAGAAAGUACUUACAAUUUGAGUAUAAAGUUUAUAUAGCAGACGAGAUCUCGAGUGGUCUAAAAUAAGUGCGUCUGAGGUGUCGGAGUUUGUGACGUUUAAGUCCACUUAGCUGGAGUGCUGGGAGUUGAUAAAGUUUCAUACAAUUGAAGAAGCUUGAGGUUGUUAGAGUAAUUUCACAUGCAAUUGAGGAAAUUUUGGGACACCCCGGCUUCAAGCGAAAAUAAAACUGAAACAGACAAGUAUUUUCCUUCCAGUUCGAACUUCUGCAGUCAUUUAUUCGACUCGCUUAAGACUUAGUCAUUCUUUUAGAAUUCAUUUGUCAGGGACUAGCCACCUACCUUUUAAAGCAGCAAAUAAAAAUAGUAUCGGACCUAAAACGAAGGCGUAUCUCGUUUUUUCCUAGGCACUGUUGAAGACUAGUUUUCACACAUGUUACAGUUUUACUGAUUCGCUAUAAGCAAUACCAGUUGUAUACAAACCUGAAUCUUUACACGAUUGCUUUAAGUAUUAGUUGCCCUUGUAAUAAACCAGGUUUUGUUCUAUAGUUUUGUUUAGUGUUUUAUCAUCUUAUGGCCCAUGUGCGACUGGUGAGAUAUUAAAUAUAUCUAUCCUGGUUCAAAAUAUUAUACCUGGACUACAACUUUGGCCAAAGCAAAUUAAGCAAUCCUGUUUAAAAUAGUUGCACUUCCCACAUCCCUCCUGUAAGCCAACAGUUUUGUCCCACUCCCCUAGCACUGUUCAGUCAUUGACUAGAUACAAAACGGAGCCAUCCACUACCUCUCGCCAAAAUGACUUGAAAGACAUUUGCUAACGGACACGGAGCGCACGAUUUCUCCGGUGAAGGAAUUUAAAAUUGAAACGGGCUUAUACUCUGCAAAGUGUAAUCUUUGACUGGAGUACUACCUCUUCUCUUUUUUCCGAAAGAAGAAAGUCCCAAACUAUUUUCACUUGCAAACACCUCAAGUGCACUUAUUUUGGACCACUCGAGACCUCUUCUGGUAUAAAGACUUAAUGAUAUCUAAAGUCCACACGGACAGUAAUAAUGCCUUUUCGGGUUUUGGUCUCUGGGCCAAAACGAUGCUGGAGCAAUGAGUCCUCGAAUUUGAUUUGCGGGGCCCCUGUCCUGGCUGUGCCUGGAAACUGAAGGCGACGCACGCCGUGAAAACAAACUUGGAAGGCGACACACGCCAUGAAAACUAACUUGAAGGCGACACACGCCAUGAAAUUUAGAAGGCGAAACACGCCAUGGAAACUAACUUGAAGGCGACACAUGCCAUGAAGACUAAACUAGAAGGCGACACACGCCAUGGAAACGUGGGGGCGACACGCGACAUACAAAUCAGGAGGCACACAUGCCAUGAAUGCUAAGACGCUACGGUUGGGUUUAGUGCGAGCUGGCCGAGUGUGGUCUAGGGCGAGCAGGGCCAGCCGAAAGCGGUCUGGUGACGAGGGGGAGCGCAUUAUUUCGCGCUAAAAGGCUCGCUUCGCUCGCUGGGAGUCUGUUUGCAGGCUAAUUAAAGACUAGCUGUUUAGUGGAAGGAACGGGAUUUUUGCCGGUAGCAGGAACUUCAGCUGCGGCCUCCGUGGCCGAACAAGGGGCUUCCAAAACGUCAGGAGGAAUAGCAGCAAGAACGUCGGCUAUAAGGAAAGUUGCUCAGCGACGGAAACGUG